UGGCAGCGGAAGGCCGCGUCGGGGGAGGGGAGGGGGACACCGGCGGCGCGAGCUGGCAGGCGUCUGAAAGGUGUCCACUAUGUCCAAAGGCAUUCUGGGGGAAGCCGGUCUCCAUUUUGAUGAGCUGAAUAAACUGAGGGUUUUGGACCCAGAGGUGUCUCAGCAAACAGCCGAGCUGAAAGAAGAAUGCAAAGCGUUCGUGGACAAAAUCGCAGAAUUUAAAAAAACUGUGGGUAGCUUCAUUGAGCUGGUUGAUCAACAAGCAAAAGCAGCGGAAAAUGAGAAGAUUAAGGCAAUAGGGGCCCGAAACUUGCUGAAAUCGAUCACAAAGCAGAGAGAGGCUCAGCAGCAGCAGCUUCAGGCUCUGAUAGCUGAGAAGACAACCCAACUGGAAAGGUUUCGUGUGGAAUACGAAACACUUUGCAAAACAGAAGUGGACCAGAAUGAAUUCAUCGACCAGUUCAUAUUCCAGAAAUAAAAAGAAGCAAAAAUCAACAACAAUACACUGGGAAAACUUGAACCAUUCCAGCACCCUGAUGGUUCCACAAGGAGCCAUUUCCAGUGGUCAUGAAAUGACCCCAGGGUCACACCUAGGAAGGCGGACAAUUCAGAGCUUCACUGUCAAAUUAUUUCCAUAGAGGGAGGAAGAAUUAUCCUAGUUUUAAAGAUUUUUUUUGACAGCUUGAAAUAUCCAGACCAUGUUGCUGCAGUUGAUAUUGCUCCUGAACAUUGGGGGAUUUUUUAAAAAAUGUGACAGAAUUCAGGGAAAUAAAGAAAUAAAUGU